GUGUCCUUCGAUCACCACGGGCAUCUUCUUUAGGUGCGCGCUUAACACAAUUCGGGUCCAGUCAAUUGUCGCAGACGACACAAUCGGCGCCAAGGGACUUGCUUGUUGCGGUUCUCCCUGCCCUCUUUGACCGCGCUUUUGGAGACAGCUUCAGCUCCGACUUGCACCAAGUCGCGGCACCUCCACCUUCCUACCUUAUCCAGACAGCGAGCCACUGCUCGUGCGAGGUCGCCAAAAUGUCUUUCACCUUUGGGGCGCCAUCAUCGAGCGCGGCGUCGGGCCAGUCCACGACAACAACAGCGCCGGCUGCGGGGGGCCUGUUCGGCACUGCUAGCUCAACAUCAGCGACUCCAACGUUUUCAUUCGGUAAUAAGCCAGCUGGAAGCGGAGCAAGCACGCCCCAAACCGGGGGCGGUUUGUUUGGCGGGGCGGCGAGUACUGGUCAGUCUGGAGGUCUUUUCGGAAACGCGGGCAAUACUACGACGCCGUCGACGACUAGCACCCCGUUGCUUGGGCAGGCGCAAACCACGGGUGCGUCAUCCGGAGGGCCUUUGUUUGGUAAUAAUGCCAGCAAGCCUGCAGGGAGCCUGUUUGGUAAUACCUCGACGCCAGCAUCAGGGACUGCAACACCCACGGGAACACCGAAUCUCUUCGGCAACAACAAGCCCGCAGCGUCAACUGCUGCUCCCUCCGCAGGCACACAGGGCGCGACAACCGGCGGCCUUUUCGGGUCCGCAACCACUGCCUCUCAGCCGGCAGCAGGGACAACCUCGACAACCGGGGGGCUAUUCAAUAACACGGGAUUCCAGUUCGGAUCAACCACUCCUGCUACCACGACAGCGGGUGCUCAAGCGACCCCAGCUAAGCCGCUCUUUGCAGGGCUUGGCUCGACCACCCCGGCUGGCACACCAGCCAGCGCACCCCCGUCGGAUGCCUCCAAGCCGGCUGGGUUGUUUGGCGGUCUCGGGGCCAAGCCGGCGGCUACCGCAGCUGCUACUACAAGUCUGUUUGGCCAGUCUACCACCCCUGCUUCUUCCGCACCGCAAGCGCAGUCCGGCAAUGGCACGCCCGCGGGCGCUGGCAACCUUUUCGGGUCCAAGCCUGGCCAGACAUCAGCUACGAGCAACGCGCCAAUCUUUGGCGGGAAUCAACCUGCGGCCAGCACACCCGGCACCAGCACGCCUGCCACAGCUGCACCGGCAGCAGGAGCGAAGCCGCUCUUUGGGAAUGCCGCGGGCGCCAAUCUCACGACCACUGCUGCGUCAAGCACAACGCCGGCUGCUUCCUCGGCGGCAGCGACUCCCAGCCUGUUUAGUACCACUGCUCCCGCCUCCACGGCCCCUGCUAGCUCGACACCUGCGGCUUCCAACUUGUUCGGGUCGAAGCCGGCAACGACUAGUGCCGCGACCUCCUCAGGGACUCCCGCGGCCACAACUUCGCUCUUUCCGACGUCGACUGCCGCACCGGCCGCUUCCACCACCGCAACAACUGGAUCUACUACCGCAACUGCUCCUCAAACCGUGGCGGCUUCUUCCAUGGGCUUGUUAGGGAGCACUAAGCCCGCCGGCACUACAGCCGCCACGCCGGCACAGGAUAGCAAGAGCACCACGACUUCGGGGUUCUCUGCCUCCACCGCAGGUCCGCCGUCUCAAUUACCUCGUCUGAAGAACAAGACGAUGGACGAGAUCAUCACGCGCUGGGCUACCGAUCUGACCAAGUACCAGAAGGAGUUCAAGGACCAGGCGUCGAAGAUCGCCGAGUGGGACCGGUUACUGGUCGAGAACGGCGAAAAGAUCCAGAAGCUGUACACGUCCACUUACGAAGCGGAGCGGGCGAGCAGCGAGAUCGAGCGCCAGCUCUCAAACGUGGAGAGCCAGCAGGAGGAACUCACGACGUGGUUAGACCGCUACGAGUCCGACCUCAACGAGCUGUUCGCCAAACAGGGCGGCGGCAACGAGCAGGUCGCCGGUCCGGACCAGGAGCGAGAGCGCACCUACAAGCUGGCGGAGAAGCUGACAGACCGGCUGGAUGACAUGACUAAGGACCUGACCAAGAUGAUCAAGGAGAUCAAUGACAUGUCGGGCACGCUCAGCAAGGGCAGCAAGCCUGAUGAUCCGCUGACUCAGAUUGUGCGCGUCUUGAACGGCCACCUGGCCCAGCUACAAUGGAUCGACAGCAACGCUGCCGCACUCCAGGCCAAGGUUGCCGCCGCGCAGAAGGCGAGCGGCAACAUGGGAACUAAUGUCUCGAGCGCCGAGACAGAUGUGGCCGAGAGCUUUUACAGGUCCUACCGCAGCGGGUACAAAUGAAGGAAUGGGGUUCUUUGGAGGCCAAGAGGGAUUAGGAAGGGGAUCAUACUGCCAUGGUAAUGAGUCGGGGUAGUGCAUGUGUGUUUAAGCGGCAACCAGGCAA